UUUACUACCACAUCACCUUGCAGGUUAUAUUUGUCCUAUUAAUAGUUUAUCUGUUUUUAGGACCAAAGAUAUAUGGACAAAUUCAAAAGUGUUAUAAGCAGCAACUCCUCCAAGUCUAGAGAAAUCUUCCAAGAUUACUCUUCUCUGGCGAAACACCUUGGUUUCCAGCCACAAGUACAGGGACCAGGACCCUCACAAUAUCAAGGAGAAGACCAAAGUGGCUGGUAUUAACAAAGGAAGUACCCAGGCAAUUCAUUAGAAGAAAUGAUAGAUUCUUUGGUGUCCGCAGAAGACAAGUGUAAGAACACUGAUUUAUAUGAGACAAUAUCACUGCAGUGGAUCGUUACUCAUGACGAGAUCCUGGAAAUCCUCAAUUCAGGACUAGUUCCUCCCUGUGACUUCCUCAGCGGGGGUUUAGAUCCAGAUGAUCCAGUUCAUUUUAGAAAAUGUUUAGAAGAUUUAGAGGAGAAGAUGAUGAAAGAACAAAGGUAUGACAUUGCGCUGUCACACGUUCAGGGUAUGAAACAGAUUUUUGCUGCAUGUACCAGCUCCAGCAGUUUACAAAACCUGUUAAAAAACAGUGACCUUGACCUGCUUAAAAUGGUCUACCUGAGGUCUUGGUCAGGAUCUAGUAUGGACUCCUAGAGAAUUUGAAAAUACCCGUAUAUGGAUAUUUUGAGAAUCUUCCUUGUGUUUAGAGAGAUAGAGAGUGAGUUGAUACCGGUGUGUACAUCUUUACAAUUUAUAAUGGAGAAUACUUCUAUUGUAUAUUUUUAGCUAAUUUGAAAAUCCUAUUUAUUGUGGAAAUUACGUUGUAUUGUACUUUUGAAGUUGAUUUUUUUUAUUUCUGGAAAUGAAUGCAGGCAGUUGAUUUUUUUUAAUUCUGGAAAUGAAAUGCAGGUAAAUUAAUGUUGAUGUAUAUUUCUUGUUUAUUUGCCUUUUGUCCUUUUAAGCUCACCUGAGCCAAAAGCUCAAGUGAGCUUUUCUGAUUGAAAUUUGUCCAUUUUCUGUCAUUGGUGUUGAUGUAUUCUUAAAUUUGCUACAAUGAAUUUAAUUCAGAAAAUAUAUGAAAAUUCAAUAAAGCAAGUUGUUGAAUUCAUUUUAACAAAUUCAUUUCGUUAUAUCAAAGAAUUUGUUCAAAUGAAAUUCAUUACACCAGAUAUUAGAAAUCUAUAUUACUGUUACCAAAUUAAAAUUUGUUAUAUCAAAUUCAAAAUUUUUAAAAUUUGAUUUUUUACAACAAAUUCAACAAUUUGUUAUAUUGAAUAAAAAAAUAUCAUUUGAUAAGCCCUUAUUGAGUUUCUGUACAGGUUAAGGUUUUUAGUGUACUUCUGUACUGUGCAUUAUUCAGAGAUGCUUAAGCCCUGUAUGUUGACCAACCUUGCAUGGUCUGAUUGGAUGAUUUAUCAAAGGAUGCACACUACUAGAUUUCUUCAGAUAUGGGCUCAGACCUACAUUUUCCAGUUGAGUGACCAUCUUAAAGAUUUUGAUGGUGAUUCAUUCUAAAGCAACCAGAAGCCAUAUGUUACCGGAACUAGUAUGGUACUGCCAUGGACUUGAUUUUCCAGAUGACCGAGGGACCAUUAUAAUUAAGGCUUUUCUUAAACAAACUUGCAUGGAUGAUGCAUCAGGGGGUGAAUGUUCUUAAAACUUGAUUCAUAUGCUGGAUUUGAAUUAUAUUUUCUGGAUGAGUGACUAAGUUCCCAAGUAACUGCAAGCCCUAUCAGAUCAAAUUGCCUCUUGGGAUGUACACUUUUAGAUUGUUAAUGUGGGACUUUUUCUUACUUAGAAACGACAUUUGUUGAGAUAAGUUUUGUAAUCUUUGAUUACCUAUGUUUUAGUAUCUCUCUAUGCAUAUUUAUCUGUUUAUAUGCACUUAUUUCAUAUUCCUAUUCAUUUGUGUUUGUUA